AUGAACAUCCCUCUGGGAUCAGAGUUUUAUGUUUAUUUGACUUUAAACAAUUUCCCAGUAUUUAACGUUAUCAUUAAUGAUUCUCCUAAUAUCUCACUUGAUGUAACAACAGUUUCUCAACUAUCUCCAGUUAUCGAAACGGGAAAGACGGCAGCUAAAACAACGAUUUCUCACUCUACUCCAGGUACAUCCACCAAGAGCGGAGAGGGCACCUCAGCUGAGGAAACUGCCCCACCAUCAACAAGUAGCGGAACCCCUAAAGAGAGCAGAGAGGAGACCUCAAGCCCACCUCCAACAACUUCAGUUAUCCAACUGGGAAAGACGGCAGCUGAAACAACGAUUUCUCACACUACUCCAGGUACAUCCACCAGGAGCGGAAAGGGGACCUCAGCUGAAAAAAGUGCCGCAUCACCAACAAGUAACGGAACCCCUACAGAGAGCAGAGAGGAGACGUCAGGGCCACCUUCAACAACUUCAGUUAUCGAAACAGGAAAGACGGCAGCUGAAACAACGAUUUCUCACACUACUCCAGGUACAUCCACAAAGAGCGGAGAGGGGACCUCAGCUGAGGAAAGUGCCCCAUCACCAAUGAGUAGCGGAACGCCCACAGAGAGCAGAGAGGAGACGUCAAGCCCACCUCCAACAACUUCAGUUAUCGAAACGGGAAAGACGGCAGCUGAAACAACGAUUUCUCACUCUACUCCAGGUACAUCCAGCAAGAGCGUAGAGGGGACCUCAACUGAAGAAAGUGCCCCAUCAUCAACAAGUAGCGGAACCCCUACAGAGAGCAGACAGGAGACGUCAAGCCCACCUCCAACAACUUCAGUUAUGGAAACAGGAAAGACGGCAGCUGAAACAACAAUUUCUCAGCCUACUCCAGGUACAUCCACCAAGAGCGGAGAGGGGACCUCAGCUGAAGAAAGUGCCCCAUCAUCAAUAAGUAGCGGAACCUCUACAGAGAUCAGAGAGGAGACGUCAAGCCCACCUCCAACAACUUCAGUUAUCGAAACAGGAAAGACGGCAGCUGAAACAUCUAUUUCUCACUCUACUCCAGGUACAUCCACCAAGAGCGGAGAGGGGACCUCAGCUGAAGAAAGUGCCCCAUCAUCAAAAAGUAGCGGAACCCCUACAGAGUGCAGAGAGGAGACGUCAAGCCCACCUCCAACAACUUCAGUUAUCGAAACGGGAAAGGCUGCAGCUGAAACAACGAUUUCUUACUCUACUCCAGGUACAUCCCCCAAGAGCGGAGAGGGUACCUCAGCUGAUGAAAGUGCCCCAUCAUCAACAAGUAGCGGAACCCCUACAGAGAGCAGAGAGGAGACGUCAAGCCCACUUCCAACAACUUCAGUUAUCGAAACGGGAAAGACGGCAGCUGAAACAACGAUUUCUCACUCUACUGCAGGUACAUCCCCCAAGAGCGGAGAGGGGUCCUCAGCUGAUGAAAGUGCCCCAUCAUCAACAAGUAGCGGAACCCCUACAGAGAGCAGAGAGGAGACCUCAAGCCCACCUCCAACAACUUCAGUUAUCAAAACGGGAAAGACGGCAGCUGAAACAACGAUUUCUCACUCUACUCCAGGUACAUCCCCCAAGAGCGGAGAGGGGACCUCAGCUGAAGAAAGUGCCCCAUCCGUGAAUCACCUUUUAAUGUGUAAUACCUGUUAAUGCGUAAUGUUUUUAUAUAUGUUGGAAGACGCCCAGAGUGGCUGGGGCAACCAAGUCAGAUGGGUUUGGGUAUCAUCAUCAUCAUCAUCCUCAUCAUCACAAUGUUGUCUAAUAGCGCAAGCUAGGGGUUGUAAACAAAAAUUGAAAAACGAAGGUAAAAGUGGGCGUCCUUGCCUAGCCAGUGGAAAGGUGGCAGACAUAAUGAUCCACAUGAUCUGUAGAGAUAGAUGAGUCAUAAAUUACUUUAAUCUAUUUUAUAAAAUCCAAAAGGAAACCCAAUUUGGUUAAAACUACUUCCAUAUACUAUUAUUAUUUUUUGUCAAAAGCCUUUUCAGCAUCUAGUGAUUGAAUUAAAAACAGAUCAAUAUUUUUAUUUAAAUCUAUCAAAUCCACCACUAACAAUAUUAUCUGCUUCCAGUUUCAUUUUUAUAAAGCCAGUUUUGUCAUUUUCAAUAAUCACUGAUAUUACUUGAGAAAUUCUCUUUGCAAAAGAUGUUGUUAAAAUCUUCAUAUCAGCGUUUAUUAGUGAUGUAGCUCAAACGUUCGUACAAAAUGUGUGGUCUUCAUCUGAUUUGGGUAUAAUUGUAAUAUAAGCUUGAUAAAAUACCUUUAUUAAGUAUCUCUACAUAAAACUGGUGAAGUAUUGGUACUAAUAAGUCAACAUAUUUAUUGUAUGAAUUGAGGUAAAACCCAUGUGAUCCUGAAGUAUUUCUAAUUCUUGUUUUAAAAAUAGUCUGCUUAAUUUCUGACUGCAUUAUCAGUGCAAACACUGUAUGCCUUUGUAAAUAAUCCAAAUAAGGUAAUUUUAUUUUACUAAAAUAAACGGCACCGUAUCUACAAAAACGAUGCCCUUGAGAUUACUAAAUAACUCUGAAUAAAAUAUUAAACAUUGAAACGUAGUAUCUUUAUAUACUUUGUUAAAAUGAACAUCCCUCUGGGAUCAGAGUUUUAUGUUUAUUUGACUUUAAACAAUUUCCCAGUAUUUAACGUUAUCAUUAAUGAUUCUCCUAAUAUCUCACUUGAUGUAACAACAGUUUCUCAACUAUCUCCAGUUAUCGAAACGGGAAAGACGGCAGCUAAAACAACGAUUUCUCACUCUACUCCAGGUACAUCCACCAAGAGCGGAGAGGGCACCUCAGCUGAGGAAAGUGCCCCAUCACCAAUAAGUAGCGGAACCCCUACAGAGAGCAGAGAGGAGACGUCAAGCCCACCUCCAACAACUUCAGUUAUCCAACUGGGAAAGACGGCAGCUGAAACAACGAUUUCUCACACUACUCCAGGUACAUCCACCAGGAGCGGAGAGGGGACGUCAGCUGAAAAAAGUGCCGCAUCACCAACAAGUAACGGAACCCCUACAGAGAGCAGAGAGGAGACGUCAGGGCCACCUUCAACAACUUCAGUUAUCGAAACAGGAAAGACGGCAGCUGAAACAAUUUCUCAGCCUACUCCAGGUACAUCCACCAAGAGCGGAGAGGGGACCUCAGCUAAAGAAAGUGUCCCAUCAUCAACAAGUAGCGGAACCCCUACAGAGAGCAGAGAGGAGACGUCAAGCCCACCUCCAACAACUUCAGUUAUCGAAACAGGAAAGACGGCAGCUGAAACAACGAUUUCUCACUCUACUCCAGGUACAUCCAGCAAGAGCGUAGAGGGGACCUCAACUGAAGAAAGUGCCCCAUCAUCAACAAGUAGCGGAACCCCUACAGAGAGCAGAGAGGAGACCUCAAGCCCACCUCCAACAACUUCAGUUAUCGAAACAGGAAAGACGGCAGCUAAAACAACGAUUUCUCACUCUACUCCAGGUACAUCCACAAAGAGCGGAGAGGGGACCUCAGCUGAAGAAAGUGCCCCAUCACCAACAAGCAGCGGAACCCCUACAGAGAGCAGAGAGGAGACCUCAAGCCCACCUCCAACAACUUCAGUUAUCGAAACAGGAAAGACGGCAGCUAAAACAACGAUUUCUCACUCUACUUCAGGUACAUCCACCAAGAGCGGAGAGGGGACCUCAGCUGAAGAAAGUGUCCCAUCAUCAACAAGUAGCAGAACCCCUACAGAGAGCAGAGAGGAGACGUCAAGCCCACCUCCAACAACUUCAGUUAUCGAAACGGGAAAGACGGCAGCUGAAAAAACGAUUUCUCACUCUACUCCAGGUACAUCCACAAAGAGCGGAGAGGGGACCUCAGCUGAAGAAAGUGCCCCAUCAUCAACAAGUAGUGGAACCCCUACAGAGAGCAGAGAGGAGACCUCAAGCCCACCUCCAACAAUUUCAGUUAUCGAAACGGGAAAGACGGCAGCUGAAAAAACGAUUUCCCAGCCUAUUCCAGGUACAUCCACCAAGGGCAGAGAGGGGACCUCAGCUGAGGAAAGUGUCCCAUCAUCAACAAGUAGCGGAACCCCUACAGAGAGCAGAGAGGAGACCUCAAGCCCACCUCCAACAACUUCAGUUAUCGAAACAGGAAAGACGGCAGCUGAAAGAACAAUUUCUCACCCUACUCCAGGUACAUCCACCAAGAGCGGAGAGGGGACCUCAGCUGAAGAAAGUGCCCCAUCACCAACAAGUAGCGGAACCCCUACAGAGAGCAGAGAGGAGACCUCAAGCCCACCUCCAACCACUUCAGUUAUCGAAACGGUAAAAACGGCAGCUGAAACAACGAUUUCCCAGCCUACUCCAGGUACAUCAACCAAGGGCAGAGAGGGGACCUCAGCUGAGGAAACUGCCCCAUCAUCAACAAGUAGCGGAACCCCUAAAGGGAGCAGAGAGGAGACCUCAAACCCACCUCCAACAACUUCAAGUAUCGAAACGGGAAAGACGGCAGCUGAAACAACGAUUUCUCACUCUACUCCAGGUACAUCCCCCAAGAGCGGAGAGGGAACCUCAGCUGAUGAAAGUGCCCCAUCACAAAUGAGUAGCGGAACCCCUACAGAGAGCAGAGAGGAGACGUCAAGCCCACCUCCAACACCAUCAGUUAUCGAAACGGGAAAGACGGCAGCUGAAAAAACGAUUUUUCAGUCUCCUCCGGGUACAUCCCCAAGAGCGGAGAGGGGACCUCAGCUGAUGAAAGUGCCCCGUCUUCAACAAGUAGCGGAACCCCUACAGAGAGCAGAGAGGACAUGUCAAGCCCACCUCCAACACCAUCAGUUAUCGAAACGGGAAAGACGGCAGCUGAAACAACAAUUUCUCACCCUACUCCAGGUACAUCCACCAAGAGCGGAGAGGGGACCUCAGCUGAAGAAAGUGCCCCAUCACCAAUGAGUAGCGGAACGCCCACAGAGAGCAGAGAGGAGACGUCAAGCCCACCUCCAACAACUUCAGUUAUCGAAACGGGAAAGACUGCAGCUGAAACAACGAUUUCUUACUCUACUCCAGGUACAUCCCCCAAGGGCAAAGAGGGGACCUCAGCUGAGGAAACUGCCCCAUCACCAAUAAGUAGCGGAACCCCUACAGAGAGCAGAGAGGAGACCUCAAACCCACCUCCAACAACUUCAGUUAUCGAAACGGGAAAGACGGCAGCUGAAACAAUGAUUUCUCACUCUACUUCAGGUAGAUCCAGCAAUGGCAAAGAGGGGACCUCAGUUGACGAAAGUGCCCCAUCAUCAACAAGUAGCGGAACCCCUACAGAGAGCAGAGAGGAGACCUCAAGCCCACCUCCAACCACUUCAGUUAUCGAAACGGUAAAAAACGGCAGCUGAAACAACGAUUUCCCAGCCUACUCCAGGUACAUCAACCAAGGGCAGAGAGGGGACCUCAGCUGAGGAAACUGCCCCAUCAUCAACAAGUAGCGGAACCCCUAAAGAGAGCAGAGAGGAGACCUCAAACCCACCUCCAACAACUUCAAGUAUCGAAACGGGAAAGACGGCAGCUGAAACAACGAUUUCUCACUCUACUCCAGGUACAUCCCCCAAGAGCGGAGAGGGAACCUCAGCUGAUGAAAGUGCCCCAUCACAAAUGAGUAGCGGAACCCCUACAGAGAGCAGAGAGGAGACGUCAAGCCCACCUCCAACACCAUCAGUUAUCGAAACGGGAAAGACGGCAGCUGAAACAACAAUUUCUCACCCUACUCCAGGUACAUCCACCAAGAGCGGAGAGGGGACCUCAGUUGACGAAAGUGCCCCAUCAUCAACAAGUAGCGGAACCCCUACAGAGAGCAGAGAGGAGACCUCAAGCCCACCUCCAACAACUUCAGUUAUCGAAACGGGAAAGACGGCAGCUGAAACAACGAUUUCUCACUCUACUCCAGGUACAUCCACCAAGAGCGGAGAGGGGACCUCAGUUGCCGAAAGUGCCCCAUCAUCAACAAGUAGCGGAACCCCUACAGAGAGCAGAGAGGAGACCUCAAGCCCACCUCCAACAACUUCAGUUAUCGAAACAGGAAAGACGGCAGCUGAAACAACCAUUUCUCACUCUACUCCAGGUACAUCCACCAAGAGCGGAGAGGGGACCUCAGUUGCCGAAAGUGCCCCAUCAUCAACAAGUAGCGGAACCCCUACAGAGAGCAGAGAGGAGACGUCAAGCCUACCUCCAACAACUUCAGUUAUCGAAACAGGAAAGACGGCAGCUGAAACAACCAUUUCUCACUCUACUUCAGGUACAUCCACCAAGAGCGGAGAGGGGACCUCAGCUGAAGAAAGUGUCCCAUCAUCAACAAGUAGUAGAACCCCUACAGAGAGCAGAGAGGAGACGUCAAGCCCACCUCCAACAACUUCAGUUAUCGAAACGGGAAAGACGGCAGCUGAAAAAACGAUUUCUCACUCUACUCCAGGUACAUCCACAAAGAGCGGAGAGGGGACCUCAGCUGAAGAAAGUGCCCCAUCAUCAACAAGUAGCGGAACCCCUACAGAGAGCAGAGAGGAGACCUCAAGCCCACCUCCAACAAUUUCAGUUAUCGAAACGGGAAAGACGGCAGCUGAAAAAACGAUUUCCCAGCCUAUUCCAGGUACAUCCACCAAGGGCAGAGAGGGGACCUCAGCUGAGGAAAGUGUCCCAUCAUCAACAAGUAGCGGAACCCCUACAGAGAGCAGAGAGGAGACCUCAAGCCCACCUCCAACAACUUCAGUUAUCGAAACAGGAAAGACGGCAGCUGAAAGAACAAUUUCUCACCCUACUCCAGGUACAUCCACCAAGAGCGGAGAGGGGACCUCAGCUGAAGAAAGUGCCCCAUCACCAACAAGUAGCGGAACCCCUACAGAGAGCAGAGAGGAGACCUCAAGCCCACCUCCAACCACUUCAGUUAUCGAAACGGUAAAAACGGCAGCUGAAACAACGAUUUCCCAGCCUACUCCAGGUACAUCAACCAAGGGCAGAGAGGGGACCUCAGCUGAGGAAACUGCCCCAUCAUCAACAAGUAGCGGAACCCCUAAAGGGAGCAGAGAGGAGACCUCAAACCCACCUCCAACAACUUCAAGUAUCGAAACGGGAAAGACGGCAGCUGAAACAACGAUUUCUCACUCUACUCCAGGUACAUCCCCCAAGAGCGGAGAGGGAACCUCAGCUGAUGAAAGUGCCCCAUCACAAAUGAGUAGCGGAACCCCUACAGAGAGCAGAGAGGAGACGUCAAGCCCACCUCCAACACCAUCAGUUAUCGAAACGGGAAAGACGGCAGCUGAAAAAACGAUUUUUCAGUCUCCUCCGGGUACAUCCCCCAAGAGCGGAGAGGGGACCUCAGCUGAUGAAAGUGCCCCGUCUUCAACAAGUAGCGGAACCCCUACAGAGAGCAGAGAGGACAUGUCAAGCCCACCUCCAACACCAUCAGUUAUCGAAACGGGAAAGACGGCAGCUGAAACAACAAUUUCUCACCCUACUCCAGGUACAUCCACCAAGAGCGGAGAGGGGACCUCAGCUGAAGAAAGUGCCCCAUCACCAAUGAGUAGCGGAACGCCCACAGAGAGCAGAGAGGAGACGUCAAGCCCACCUCCAACAACUUCAGUUAUCGAAACGGGAAAGACUGCAGCUGAAACAACGAUUUCUCACUCUCCUCCAGGUACAUCCCCCAAGAGCGGAGAGGGGACCUCAGCUGAUGAAAGUGCCCUAUCACCAAUAAGUAGCGGAACCCCUACAGAGAGCAGAGAGGAGACCUCAAGCCCACCUCCAACCACUUCAGUUAUCGAAACGGUAAAAACGGCAGCUGAAACAACGAUUUCUCACUCUACUCCAGGUACAUCCACCAAGGGCAAAGAGGGGACCUCAGCUGAGGAAACUGCCCCAUCAUCAACAAGUAGCGGAACCCCUACAGAGAGCAGAGAGGAGACCUCAAACCCACCUCCAACAACUUCAGUUAUCGAAACGGGAAAGACGGCAGCUGAAACAAUGAUUUCUCACUCUACUUCAGGUAGAUCCAGCAAUGGCAAAGAGGGGACCUCAGUUGACGAAAGUGCCCCACCAUCAACAAGUAGCGGAACCCCUACAGAGAGCAGAGAGGAGACCUCAAGCCCACCUCCAACCACUUCAGUUAUCGAAACGGUAAAAACGGCAGCUGAAACAACGAUUUCCCAGCCUACUCCAGGUACAUCAACCAAGGGCAGAGAGGGGACCUCAGCUGAGGAAACUGCCCCAUCAUCAACAAGUAGCGGAACCCCUAAAGAGAGCAGAGAGGAGACCUCAAACCCACCUCCAACAACUUCAAGUAUCGAAACGGGAAAGACGGCAGCUGAAACAACGAUUUCUCACUCUACUCCAGGUACAUCCACCAAGAGCGGAGAGGGGACCUCAGCUGAUGAAAGUGCCCCAUCACAAAUGAGUAGCGGAACCCCUACAGAGAGCAGAGAGGAGACGUCAAGCCCACCUCCAACACCAUCAGUUAUCGAAACGGGAAAGACGGCAGCUGAAACAACAAUUUCUCACCCUACUCCAGGUACAUCCACCAAGAGCGGAGAGGGGACCUCAGUUGACGAAAGUGCCCCAUCAUCAACAAGUAGCGGAACCCCUACAGAGAGCAGAGAGGAGACCUCAAGCCCACCUCCAACAACUUCAGUUAUCGAAACGGGAAAGACGGCAGCUGAAACAACGAUUUCUCACUCUACUCCAGGUACAUCCACCAAGAGCGGAGAGGGGACCUCAGUUGCCGAAAGUGCCCCAUCAUCAACAAGUAGCGGAACCCCUACAGAGAGCAGAGAGGAGACGUCAAGCCUACCUCCAACAACUUCAGUUAUCGAAACAGGAAAGACGGCAGCUGAAACAACCAUUUCUCACUCUACUCCAGGUACAUCCACCAAGAGCGGAGAGGGGACCUCAGUUGCCGAAAGUGCCCCAUCAUCAACAAGUAGCGGAACCCCUACAGAGAGCAGAGAGGAGACGUCAAGCCUACCUCCAACAACUUCAGUUAUCGAAACAGGAAAGACGGCAGCUGAAACAACCAUUUCUCACUCUACUCCAGGUACAUCCACCAAGAGCGGAGAGGGGACCUCAGUUGCCGAAAGUGCCCCAUCAUCAACAAGUAGUGGAACCCCUACAGAGAGCAGAGAGGAGACCUCAAACCCACCUCCAACAACUUCAGUUAUCGAAACGGGAAAGACGGCAGCUGAAACAAUGAUUUCUCACUCUACUCCAGGUACAUCCACCAAGGGCAAAGAGGGAACCUCAGCUGAUGAAAGUGCCCCAUCAUCAACAAGUAGCGGAACCCCUACAGAGAGCAGAGAGGAGACGUCAAGCCCACCUCCAACAACAUCAGUUAUCGAAACGGGAAAGACGGCAGCUGAAACAACGAUUUCUCACUCUACUCCAGGUACAUCCACCAAGAGCGGAGAGGGAACCUCAGCUGAUGAAAGUGCCCCAUCACAAAUGAGUAGCGGAACCCCUACAGAGAGCAGAGAGGAGACGUCAAGCCCACCUCCAACACCAUCAGUUAUCGAAACGGGAAAGACGGCAGCUGAAACAACAAUUUCUCACCCUACUCCAGGUACAUCCACCAAGAGCGGAGAGGGGACCUCAGUUGACGAAAGUGCCCCAUCAUCAACAAGUAGCGGAACCCCUACAGAGAGCAGAGAGGAGACGUCAAGCCCACCUCCAACACCAUCAGUUAUCGAAACGGGAAAGACGGCAGCUGAAACAACAAUUUCUCACCCUACUCCAGGUACAUCCACCAAGAGCGGAGAGGGGACCUCAGUUGACGAAAGUGCCCCAUCAUCAACAAGUAGCGGAACCCCUACAGAGAGCAGAGAGGAGACCUCAAGCCCACCUCUAACAACUUUAGUUAUCGAAACGGGAAAGACGGCAGCUGAAACAACCAUUUCUCACUCUACUCCAGGUACAUCCACCAAGAGCGGAGAGGGGACCUCAGUUGCCGAAAGUGCCCCAUCAUCAACAAGUAGCGGAACCCCUACAGAGAGCAGAGAGGAGACGUCAAGCCUACCUCCAACAACUUCAGUUAUCGAAACGGGAAAGACGGCAGCUGAAACAACCAUUUCUCACUCUACUCCAGGUACAUCCACCAAGAGCGGAGAGGGGACCUUAGUUGACGAAAGUGCCCCAUCAUCAACAAGUAGCGGAACCCCUACAGAGAGCAGAGAGGAGACCUCAAACCCACCUCCAACAACUUCAGUUAUCGAAACGGGAAAGACGGCAGCUGAAACAAUGAUUUCUCACUCUACUCCAGGUACAUCCACCAAGGGCAAAGAGGGGACCUCAGCUGAGGAAACUGCCCCAUCAUCAACAAGUAGCGGAACCCCUACAGAGAUCAGAGAGGAGACCUCAAGCCCACCUCCAACAACUUCAGUUAUCGAAACAGGAAAGACGGCAGCUGAAACAACAAUUUCUCACCCUACUCCAGGUACAUCCACCAAGAGCGGAGAGGGGACCUCAGCUGAAGAAAGUGCCCCAUCAUCAACAAGUAGUGGAACCCCUACAGGGAGCACAGAGGAGAGAUCAAGCCCACCUCCAACAAUUUCAGUUAUCGAAACGGGAAAGACGGCAGCUGAAACAAUGAUUUCUCACUAUACUCCAGGUACAUCCACCAAGGGCAGAGAGGGGACCUCAGCUGAGGAAACUGCCCCAUCAUCAACAAGUAGCGGAACCCCUGAAGAGAGCAGAGAGGAGACCUCAAACCCACCUCCAACAACUUCAAGUAUCGAAACGGGAAAGACGGCAGCUGAAACAAAGAUUUCUCACUCUACUCCAGGUACAUCCCCCAAGAGCGGAGAGGGAACCUCAGCUGAAGAAAGUGCCCCAUCACCAACAAGUAGCGGAUCCCCUACAGAGAGCAGAGAGGAGACCUCAAGCCCACCUCUAACAACUUCAGUUAUCGAUACGGGAAAGACGGCAGCUGAAACAACGAUUUCUCACUCUACUCCAGGUACAUCCACCAAGAGCGGAGAGGGGACCUCAGUUGCCGAAAGUGCCCCAUCAUCAACAAGUAGCGGAACCCCUACAGAGAGCAGAGAGGAGACGUCAAGCCUACCUCCAACAACUUCAGUAAUCGAAACGGGAAAGGCGGCAGCUGAAACAACGAUUUCUCACUCUACUCCAGGUACAUCCACCAAGAGCGGAGAGGGGACCUCAGCUGAUGAAAGUGCCCCAUCAUCAACAAGUAGCGGAACCCCUACAGAGAGCAGAGAGGAGACGUCAAGCCCACCUCCAACAACUUCAGUUAUCGAAACAGGAAAGACGGCAGCUGAAAGAACAAUUUCUCACCCUACUCCAGGUACAUCCACCAAGAGCGGAGAGGGGACCUCAGCUGAAGAAAGUGCCCCAUCAUCAACAAGUAGUGGAACCCCUACAGAGAGUAGAGAGGAGACAUCAAGCCCACCUCCAACAAUUUCAGUUAUCGAAACGGGAAAGACGGCAGCUGAAAAAACGAUUUCCCAGCCUAUUCCAGGUACAUCCACCAAGGGCAGAGAGGGGACCUCAGUUGACGAAAGUGCCCCAUCAUCAACAAGUAGCGGAACCCCUACAGAGAGCAGAGAGGAGACCUCAAGCCCACCUCCAAUCACUUCAGUUAUCGAAACGGUAAAAACGGCAGCUGAAACAACGAUUUCCCAGCCUACUCCAGGUACAUCAACCAAGGGCAGAGAGGGGACCUCAGCUGAGGAAACUGCCCCAUCAUCAAAAAGUAGCCGAACCCCUAAAGAGAGCAGAGAGGAGAGCUCAAACCCACCUCCAACAACUUCAAUUAUCGAAACGGGAAAGAUUGCAGCUGAAACAACGAUUUCUCACUCUACUCCAGGUACAUCUCCCAAGAGCGGAGAGGGAACCUCAGCUGAUGAAAGUGCCCCAUCACAAAUAAGUAGCGGAACCCCUACAGAGAGCAGAGAGGAGACGUCAAGCCCACCUCCAACAACUUCAGUUAUCGAAACGGGAAAGACGGCAGCUGAAACAACAAUUUCUCACCCUGCUCCAGGUACAUCCACCAAGAGCAGAGAGGGGACCUCAGUUGACGAAAGUGCCCCAUCAUCAACAAGUAGCGGAACCCCUACAGAGAGCAGAGAGGAGACGUCAAGCCCACCUCCAACAAUUUCAGUUAUCGAAACGGGAAAGACGGCAACUGAAAAAACUAUUUCUCACUCUACUCCAGGUACAUCCACGAAGGGCAGAGAGGGGACCUCAGCUGAGGAAAGUGUCCCAUCAUCAACAAGUAGCGGAACCCCUACAGAGAGCAGAGAGGAGACCUCAAGCCCACCUCCAACCACUUCAGUUAUCGAAACGGUAAAAACGGCAGCUGAAACAACGAUUUCCCAGCCUACUCCAGGUACAUCAACCAAGGGCAUAGAGGGGACCUCAGCUGAGGAAACUGCCCCAUCAUCAACAAGUAGCGGAACCCCUAAAGGGAGCAGAGAGGAGACCUCAAACCCACCUCCAACAACUUCAAGUAUCGAAACGCGAAAGACGGCAGCUGAAACAACGAUUUCUCACUCUACUCCAGGUACAUCCCCCAAGAGCGGAGAGGGAACCUCAGCUGAUGAAAGUGCCCCAUCAUCAACAAGUAGCGGAACCCCUACAGAGAGCAGAGAGGAGAAGUCAAGCCCACCUCCAACAACAUCAGUUAUCGAAACGGGAAAGACGUCAUCUGAAAAACGAUUUCUCACUCUACUCCAGGUACAUCCACCAGGAGCGGAGAGGGGACCUCAGCUGAAGAAAGUGCCCCAUCACCAACAAGUAGCGGAACCCCUACAGAGAGCAGAGAGGAGACCUCAAGCCCACCUCCAAGAACUUCAGUUAUCGAAACGGGAAAGACGGCAGCUGAGAAAACGAUUUCUCACUCUACUCCAGGUACAUCCACCAAGAGCGGAGAGGGGACCUCAGCUAAAGAAAGUGUACCAUCAUCAACAAGUAGCGGAACCCCUACAGAGAGCAGAGAGGAGACGUCAAGCCCACCUCUAACAACUUCAGUUAUCCAAACUGUAAAAACGGCAGCUAAAACAACGAUUUUUCACUCUACUCCAGGUACAUCCACCAAGGGCAAAGAGGGGACCUCAACUGAGGAAACUGCCCCACCAUCAACAAGUAGCGGAACCCCUACAGAGAGCAGAGAGGAGACCUCAAGCCCACCUCCAACAACUUCAGUUAUUGAAACGGGAAAGACGGCAGCUGAAACAACGAUUUCUCUGUCUACUCCAGGUACAUCCACCAAGAGCGGAGAGGGGACCUCAGCUGAGGAAAGUGCGCCAUCACCAACAACUAGCGGAACCCCUACAGAGAGCAGAGAGGAGACCUCAAGCCCACCUCCAACCACUUCAGUUAUCGAAACGGUAAAAACGGCAGCUGAAACAACGAUUUCCCAGCCUACUCCAGGUACAUCCACCAAGAGCGGAGAGGGGACCUCAGUUGACGAAAGUGCCCCAUCAUCAACAAGUAGCGGAACCCCUACAGAGAGCAGAGAGGAGACGUCAAGCCCACCUCCAACAAUUUCAGUUAUCGAAACGGGAAAGACGGCAGCUGAAAAAACGAUUUCUCACUCUACUCCAGGUACAUCCAGCAAGAGCGGAGAGGGGACCUCAUCUGAGGAAAGUACCCCAUCAUCAACAAGUAGCGGAACCCCUACAGAGAUCAGAGAGGAGACCUCAAGCCCACCUCCAAGAACUUCAGUUAUCGAAACAGGAAAGACGGCGGCUGAAACAAGCAUUUCUCAGUCUACUCCAGGUACAUCCACCAAGAGCGGAGAGGGGACCUUAGCUGAAGAAAGUGCCCCAUCACCAACAAGUAGCGGAUCCCCUACAGAGAGCAGAGAGGAGACCUCAAGCCCACCUCUAAUAACUUCAGUUAUCGAUACGGGAAAGACGGCAGCUGAAACAACGAUUUCUCACUCUACUCCAGGUACAUCCACCAAGAGCGGAGAGGGGACCUCAGCUGAAGAAAGUGUCCCAUCAUCAACAAGUAGCGGAACCCCUACAGAGAGCAGAGAGGAGACCUCAAGCCCACCUCCAACCACUUCAGUUAUCGAAACGGUAAAAGCGGCAGCUGAAACAACGAUUUCCCAGCCUACUCCAGGUACAUCAACCAAGGGCAUAGAGGGGACCUCAGCUGGGGAAACUGCCCCAUCAUCAACAAGUAGCGGAACCCCUAAAGGGAGCACAGAGGAGACCUCAAACCCACCUCCAACAACUUCAAGUAUUGAAACGGGAAAGACGGCAGCUGAAACAACGAUUUCUCACUCUACUCCAGGUACAUCCCCCAAGAGCGGAGAGGGAACCUCAGCUGAUGAAAGUGCCCCAUCAUCAACAAGUAGCGGAACCCCUACAGAGAGCAGAGAGGAGAAGUCAAGCCCACCUCCAACAACAUCAGUUAUCGAAACGGGAAAGACGUCAUCUGAAAAAACGAUUUCUCACUCUACUCCAGGUACAUCCACCAGGAGCGGAGAGGGGACCUCAGCUGAAGAAAGUGCCCCAUCACCAACAAGUAGCGGAACCCCUACAGAGAGCAGAGAGGAGACCUCAAGCCCACCUCCAAGAACUUCAGUUAUCGAAACGGGAAGGACGGCAGCUGAGAAAACGAUUUCUCACUCUACUCCAGGUACAUCCACCAAGAGCGAAGAGGGGACCUCAGCUAAAGAAAGUGCCCCAUCAUCAACAAGUAGCGGAACCCCUACAGAGAGCAGAGAGGAGACGUCAAGCCCACCUCUAACAACUUCAGUUAUCCAAACCGUAAAAACGGCAGCUGAAACAACGAUUUCUCACUCUACUCCAGGUACAUCCACCAAGAGCGGAGAGGGGACCUCAGUUGCCGAAAGUGCCCCAUCAUCAACAAGUAGCGGAACCCCUACAGAGAGCAGAGAGGAGACGUCAAGCCUACCUCCAACAACUUCAGUUAUCGAAACGGGAAAGACGGCAGCUGAAACAACGAUUUCUCACUCUACUCUAGGUACAUCCACCAAGAGCGGAGAGGGGACCUCAGUUGCCGAAAGUGCCCCAUCAUCAACAAGUAGGGGAACCCCUACAGAGAGCAGAGAGGAGACCUCAAACCCACCUCCAACAACUUCAGUUAUUGAAACGGGAAAGACGGCAGCUGAAAAAACGAUUUUUCAGUCUCCUCCGGGUACAUCCCCCAAGAGCGGAGAGGGGACCUCAGCUGAUGAAAGUGCCCCAUCUUCAACAAGUAGCGGAACCCCUACAGAGAGCAGAGAGGAGACGUCAAGCCCAGCUCCAACAACUUCAGUUAUCGAAACGGGAAAGACGGCAGCUAAAACAACGAUUUCUCACUCUACUCCAGGUACAUCCACCAAGAACGUAGAGGGGACCUCAGCUGAAGAAAGUGCCCCAUCAUCAGCAAGUAGGGGAACCCCUACAGAGAGCAGAGAGGAGACCUCAAACCCACCUCCAACAACUUCAGUUAUCGAAACGGGAAAGACGGCGGCUGAAACAAGCAUUUCUCAGUCUACUCCAGGUACAUCCACCCAGAGCGGAGAGGGGACCUCAGCUGAAGAAAGUGCCCCAUCACCAACAAGUAGCGGAACCCGUACAGAGAGCAGAGAGGAGACCUCAAGCCCACCUCUAACAACUUCAGUUAUCGAAACGGGAAAGAUGGCAGCUGAAACAACGAUUUCUCACUCUACUCCAGGUACAUCCACCAAGAGCGGAGAGGGGACCUCAGUUGCCGAAAGUGCCCCAUCAUCAACAAGUAGCAGAACCCCUACAGAGAGCAGAGAGGAGACGUCAAGCCUACCUCCAACAACUUCAGUUAUCGAAACGGGAAAGACGGCAGCUGAAACAACCAUUUCUCACUCUACUCCAGGUACAUCCCCCAAGAGCGGAGAGGGGACCUCAGCUGAUGAAAGUGCCCCAUCUUCAACAAGUAGCGGAAACCCUACAGAGAGCAGAGAGGAGACGUCAAGCCCACCUACAACAUCUUCAGUUAUCGAAACGGGAAAGACUGCAGCUGAAACAACGAUUUCUCACUCUCCUCCAGGUACAUCCCCCAAGAGCGGAGAGGGGACCUCAGCUGAUGAAAGUGUCCUAUCACCAAUAAGUAGGGGAACCCCUACAGAGAGCAGAGAGGAGACGUCAAGCCCACUUCCAACAACUUCACGUAUCGAAACGGGAAAGACGGCAGCUGAAACAACGAUUUCUCACUCUACUCCAGGUACAUCCACCAAGGUCAAAGAGGGGACCUCAGUUGCCGAAAGUGCCCCAUCAUCAACAAGUAGCGGAACCGCUACAGAGAGCAGAGAGGAGACGUCAAGCCUACCUCCAACAACUUCAGUUAUCGAAACGGGAAAGACGGCAGCUGAAACAACCAUUUCUCACUCUAAUCCAGGUACAUCCACCAAGAGCGGAGAGGGGACCUCAGUUGCCGAAAGUGCCCCAUCAUCAACAAGUAGCGGAACCCCUAAAGAGAGCAGAGAGGAGACCUCAAACCCACCUCCAACAACUUCAGUUAUCGAAACCGGAAAGACGGCAGCUAAAACAACGAUUUUUCACUCUACUCCAGGUACAUCCACCAAGAGCGGAGAGGGGACCUCAGCUGAAGAAAGUGCCCCAUCAUCAACAAGUAGCGGAACCCCUACAGAGAGCAGAGAGGAGACCUCAAGCCCACCUCCAAGAACUUCAGUUAUCGAUACAGGAAAGACGGCGGCUGAAACAAGCAUUUCUCAGUCUACUCCAGGUACAUCCACCAAGAGCGGAGAGGGGACCUCAGCUGAAGAAAGUGCCCCAUCAUCAACAAGUAGCGGAACCCCUACAGAGAGCAGAGAGGAGACCUCAAACCCACCUCCAACAACUUCAGUUAUCGAAACAGGAAAGACGGCAGCUAAAACAACGAUUUUUCAGUCUCCUCCAGGUACAUCCCCCAAGAGCGGAGAGGGGACCUCAGCUGAAGAAAGUGCCCCAUCAUCAACAAGUAGCGGAACCCCUACAGAGAGCAGAGAGGAGACCUCAAGCCCACCUCCAAGAACUUCAGUUAUCGAUACAGGAAAGACGGCGGCUGAAACAAGCAUUUCUCACUCUACUCCAGGUACAUCCCCCAAGAGCGGAGAGGGGACCUCAGCUGAAGAAAAUGCCCUAUCACCAAAAAGUAGGGGAACCCCUACAGAGAGCAGAGAGGAGACCGCAAGCCCACCUCUAACAACUUCAGUUAUCGAAACGGGAAAGACGGCAGCUGAAACAACGAUUUCUCACUCUACUCCAGGUACAUCCACCAAGAGCGGAGAGGGGACCUCAGUUGCCGAAAGUGCCCCAUCAUCAACAAGUAGCGGAACCCCUACAGAGAGCAGAGAGGAGACGUCAAGCCUACCUCCAACAACUUCAGUUAUCGAAACGGGAAAGACGGCAGCUGAAACAACCAUUUCUCACUCUACUCCAGGUACAUCCACCAAGAGCGGAGAGGGGACCUCAGCUGAUGAAAGUGCCCCAUCUUCAACAAGUAGCGGAACCCCUACAGAGAGCAGAGAGGAGACGUCAAGCCCAGCUCCAACAACUUCAGUUAUCGAAACGGGAAAGACGGCAGCUAAAACAACGAUUUCUCACUCUACUCCAGGUACAUCCACGAAGAACGUAGAGGGGACCUCAGCUGAAGAAAGUGCCCCAUCAUCAACAAGUAGUGGAACCCCUACAGAGAGCAGAGAGGAGACCUCAAACCCACCUCCAACAACUUCAGUUAUCGAAACGGGAAAGACGGCGGCUGAAACAAGCAUUUCUCAGUCUACUCCAGGUACAUCCACCAAGAGCGGAGAGGGGACCUCAGCUGAAGAAAGUGCCCCAUCACCAACAAGUAGCGGAACCCGUACAGAGAGCAGAGAGGAGACCUCAAGCCCACCUCUAACAACUUCAGUUAUCGAAACGGGAAAGAUGGCAGCUGAAACAACGAUUUCUCACUCUACUCCAGGUACAUCCACCAAGAGCGGAGAGGGGACCUCAGUUGACGAAAGUGCCCCAUCAUCAACAAGUAGCGGAACCCCUACAGAGAGCAGAGAGGAGACGUCAAGCCUACCUCCAACAACUUCAGUUAUCGAAACGGGAAAGACGGCAGCUGAAACAACCAUUUCUCACUCUACUCCAGGUACAUCCCCCAAGAGCGGAGAGGGCACCUCAGUUGACGAAAGUGCCCCAUCAUCAACAAGUAGCGGAACCCCUACAGAGAGCAGAGAGGAGACCUCAAACCCACCUCCAACAACUUCAGUUAUCGAAACGGGAAAGACGGCAGCUAAAACAACGAUUUCUCACUCUACUCCAGGUACAUCCCCCAAGAGCGGAGAGGGGACCUCAGCUGAAGAAAAUGCCCUAUCACCAAAAAGUAGGGGAACCCCUACAGAGAGCAGAGAGGAGACCGCAAGCCCACCUCUAACAACUUCAGUUAUCGAAACGGGAAAGACGGCAGCUGAAACAACGAUUUCUCACUCUACUCCAGGUACAUCCACCAAGAGCGGAGAGGGGACCUCAGUUGACGAAAGUGCCCCAUCAUCAACAAGUAGCGGAACCCCUACAGAGAGCAGAGAGGAGACGUCAAGCCUACCUCCAACAACUGCAGUUAUCGAAACGGGAAAGACGGCAGCUGAAACAACCAUUUCUCACUCUACUCCAGGUACAUCCCCCAAGAGCGGAGAGGGCACCUCAGUUGACGAAAGUGCCCCAUCAUCAACAAGUAGCGGAACCCCUACAGAGAGCAGAGAGGAGACCUCAAACCCACCUCCAACAACUUCAGUUAUCGAAACAGGAAAGACGGCAGCUAAAACAACGAUUUUUCACUCUACUCCAGGUACAUCCACCAAGGGCAAAGAGGGGACCUCAGCUGAGGAAACUGCCCCACCAUCAACAAGUAGCGGAACCCCUACAGAGAGCAGAGAGGAGACCUCAAGCCCACCUCCAACAAAUUCAGUUAUUGAAACGGGAAAGACGGCAGCUGAAACAACGAUUUCUCACUCUACUCCAGGUACAUCCACCAAGAGCGGAGAGGGGACCUCAGCUGAGGAAAGUGCGCCAUCACCAACAGGUAGCGGAACCCCUACAGAGAGCAGGGAGGAGACCGCAAGCCCACCUCCAACCACUUCAGUUAUCGAAACAGGAAAGACGGCAGCUAAAACAACGAUUUCUCACUCUACUCCAGGUACAUCCACCAAGAGCGGAGAGGGGACCUCAGCUGAAGAAAAUGCCCUAUCACAAAUAAGUAGCGGAACCCCUACAGAGAGCAGAGAGGAGACGUCAAGCCCACUUCCAACAACAUCAGUUAUCAAAACGGGAAAGACGUCAUCUGAAAAAACGAUUUCUCACUCUACGCCAGGUACAUCCACCAGGAGCGGAGAGGGGACCUCAGCUGAAGAAAGUGCGCCAUCACCAACAAGUAGCGGAACCCCUACAGAGAGCAGAGAGGAGACCUCAAGCCCACCUCCAACAACUUCAGUUAUCGAAACGGGAAAGACUGCAGCUGAAACAACGAUUUCUCACUCUACUCCAGGUACAUCCACCAAGAGCGGAGAGCGGACCUCAGCUGAAGAAAGUGCCCCAUCAUCAACAAGUAGCGGAACCCCUACAGAGAGCAGAGAGGAGACCUCAAGCCCACCUCCAACAACUUCAGUUAUUGAAACGGGAAAGACGGCAGCUGAAACAACGAUUUCUCACUCUACUCCAGGUACAUCCACCAAGAGCGGAGAGGGGACCUCAGCUGAGGAAAGUGCGCCAUCACCAACAAGUAGCGGAACCCCUACAGAGAGCAGAGAGGAGACCUCAAGCCCACCUCCAACCACUUCAGUUAUCGAAACGGGAAAGACGGCAGCUGAAAAAACGAUUUCCCAGCCUACUCCAGGUACAUCAACCAAGAGCGGAGAGGGGACCUCAGCUGAAGAAAGUGCCCCAUCAUCAACAAGUAGCGGAACCGCUACAGAGAGCAGAGAGGAGACCUCAAGCCCACCUCCAACAACUUCAGUUAUCGAAACAGGAAAGACGGCAGCUAAAACAACGAUUUUUCACUCUACUCCAGGUACAUCCACCAAGGGCAAAGAGGGGACCUCAGCUGAGGAAACUGCCCCACCAUCAACAAGUAGCGGAACCCCUACAGAGAGCAGAGAGGAGACCUCAAGCCCACCUCCAACAACUUCAGUUAUUGAAACGGGAAAGACGGCAGCUGAAACAACGAUUUCUCACUCUACUCCAGGUACAUCCGCCAAGAGCGGAGAGGGGACCUCAGCUGAGGAAAGUGCGCCAUCACCAACAAGUAGCGGAACCCCUACAGAGAGCAGAGAGGAGACCUCAAGCCCACCUCCAACCACUUCAGUUAUCGAAACGGUAAAAACGGCAGCUGAAACAAUGAUUUCCCAGCCUACUCCAGGUACAUCAACCAAGGGCAGAGAGGGGACCUCAGCUGAGGAAACUGCCCCAUCAUCAACAAGUAGCGGAACCCCUAAAGAGAGCAGAGAGGAGACCUCAAGCCCACCUCCAAGAAUUUCAGUUAUCGAUACAGGAAAGACGGCGGCUGAAACAAGCAUUUCUCUGUCUACUCCAGGUACAUCCACCAAGAGCGGAGAGGGGACCUCAGCUGAAGAAAGUGCCCCAUCACCAACAAGUAGCGGAACCCCUACAGAGAGCAGAGAGGAGACCUCAAGCCCACCUCCAACAACUUCAGUUAUCGAAACGGGAAAGACGGCAGCUGAAACAACGAUUUCUCACUCUACUCCAGGUACAUCCACCAAGAGCGGAGAGGGGACCUCAGCUCAUGAAAGUGCCCCAUUAUCAACAAGUAGUGGAACCCCUACAGAGAGUAGAGAGGAGACAUCAAGCCCACCUCCAACAAUUUCAGUUAUCGAAACGGGAAAGACGGCAGCUGAAAAAACGAUUUUCCAGCCGAAUCCAGGUACAUCCACCAAGGGCAGAGAGGGGACCUCAGUUGACGAAAGUGCCCCAUCAUCAACAAGUAGCGGAACCCCUACAGAGAGCAGAGAGGAGACCUCAAGCCCACCUCCAAUCACUUCAGUUAUCGAAACGGUAAAAACGGCAGCUGAAACAACGAUUUCCCAGCCUACUCCAGGUACAUCAACCAAGGGCAGAGAGGGGACCUCAGCUGAGGAAACUGCCCCAUCAUCAACAAGCAGCCGAACCCCUAAAGAGAGCAGAGAGGAGACCUCAAACCCACCUCCAACAACUUCAGUUAUCGAAACGGGAAAGAUUGCAGCUGAAACAACGAUUUCUCACUCUACUCCAGGUACAUCCCCCAAGAGCGGAGAGGGAACCUCAGCUGAUGAAAGUGCCCCAUCACAAAUAAGUAGCGGAACCCCUACAGAGAGCAGAGAGGAGACGUCAAGCCCACCUCCAACACCAUCAGUUAUCGAAACGGGAAAGACGGCAGCUGAAACAACAAUUUCUCACCCUACUCCAGGUACAUCCACCAAGAGCGGAGAGGGGACCUCAGUUGACGAAAGUGCCCCAUCAUCAACAAGUAGCGGAACCCCUACAGAGAGCAGAGAGGAGACGUCAAGCCCACCUCCAACAAUUUCAGUUAUCGAAACGGGAAAGACGGCAACUGAAAAAACUAUUUCUCACUCUACUCCAGGUACAUCCAGCAAGAGCGGAGAGGGGACCUCAUCUGAGGAAAGUGCCCCAUCAUCAACAAGUAGCGGAACCCCUACAGAGAGCAGAGAGGAGACCUCAAGCCCACCUCCAAGAACUUCAGUUAUCGAAACAAGAAAGACGGCGGCUGAAACAAGCAUUUCUCAGUCUACUCCAGGUACAUCCACCAAGAGCGGAGAGGGGACCUCAGCUGAAGAAAGUGCCCCAUCACCAACAAGUAGCGGAUCCCCUACAGAGAGCAGAGAGGAGACCUCAAGCCCACCUCCAACCACUUCAGUUAUCGAAACGGUAAAAACGGCAGCUGAAAAAACGAUUUCCCAGCCUACUCCAGGUACAUCAACCAAGAGCGGAGAGGGGACCUCAGCUGAAGAAAGUGCCCCAUCAUCAACAAGUAGCGGAACCGCUACAGAGAGCAGAGAGGAGACCUCAAGCCCACCUCCAACAACUUCAGUUAUCGAAACAGGAAAGACGGCAGCUAAAACAACGAUUUUUCACUCUACGCCAGGUACAUCCACCAAGGGCAAAGAGGGGACCUCAGCUGAGGAAACUGCCCCACCAUCAACAAGUAGCGGAACCCCUACAGAGAGCAGAGAGGAGACCUCAAGCCCACCUCCAACCACUUCAGUUAUCGAAACGGUAAAAACGGCAGCUGAAACAACGAUUUCCCAGCCUACUCCAGGUACAUCCACCAAGAGCGGAGAGGGGACCUCAGCUGAAGAAAGUGCCCCAUCAUCAACAAGUAGCGGAACCCCUACAGAGAGCAGAGAGGAGACCUCAAGCCCACCUCCAAGAAUUUCAGUUAUCGAAACGGGAAAGACGGCGGCUGAAACAAGCAUUUCUCUGUCUACUCCAGGUACAUCCACCAAGAGCGGAGAGGGGACCUCAGCUGAAGAAAGUGCCCCAUCACCAACAAGUAGCGGAACCCCUACAGAGAGCAGAGAGGAGACCUCAAGCCCACCUCUAACAACUUCAGUUAUCGAAACGGGAAAGACGGCAGCUGAAACAACGAUUUCUCACUCUACUCCAGGUACAUCCACCAAGAGCGGAGAGGGGACCUCAGCUCAUGAAAGUGCCCCAUCAUCAACAAGUAGCGGAACCCCUACAGAGAGCAGAGAGGAGACAUCAAGCCCACCUCCAACAACUUCAGUUAUCGAAACAGGAAAGACGGCAGCUGAAAUAAUGAUUUCUCACUCUACUCCAGGUACAUCCACCAAGGGCAAAGAGGGGACCUCAGCUGAGGAAACUGCCCCAUCAUCAACAAGUAGCGGAACCCCUACAGAGAGCAGAGAGGAGACCUCAAACCCACCUCCAACAACUUCAGUUAUCGAAACAGGAAAGACGGCAGCUAAAACAACGAUUUUUCACUCUACUCCAGGUACAUCCACCAAGGGCAAAGAGGGGACCUCAGCUGAGGAAAGUGCGCCAUCACCAACAAGUAGCGGAACCCCUACAGAGAGCAGAGAGGAAACCUCUAGCCCACCUCCAACCACUUCAGUUAUCGAAACGGUAAAAACGGCAGCUGAAAAAACGAUUUCCCAGCCUAUUCCAGGUACAUCAACCAAGAGCGGAGAGGGGACCUCAGCUGAUGAAAGUGCCCCAUCACAAAUAAGUAGCGGAACCCCUACAGAGAGCAGAGAGGAGACGUCAAGCCCACUUCCAACAACAUCAGUUAUCGAAACGGGAAAGACGGCAGCUGAAACAACGAUUUCUCACUCUACUCCAGGUACAUCCACCAAGAGCGGAGAGGGGACCUCAGCUGAAGAAAGUGCCCCAUCAUCAACAAGUAGCGGAACCCCUACAGAGAGCAGAGAGGAGACGUCAAGCCCACCUCCAACAACUUCAGUUAUCGAAACGGGAAAGACGGCAGCUGAAACAACGAUUUCUCACUCUACUCCAGGUACAUCCACCAAGAGCGGAGAGGGGACCUCAGCUGAAGAAAGUGCCCCAUCAUCAACAAGUAGCGGAACCCCUACAGAGAGCAGAGAGGAGACCUCAAGCCCACCUCCAACAAUUUCAGUUAUCGAUACAGGAAAGACGGCAGCUGAAAUAAUGAUUUCUCACUCUACUCCAGGUACAUCCACCAAGGGCAAAGAGGGGACCUCAGCUGAGGAAACUGCCCCAUCAUCAACAAGUAGCGGAACCCCUACAGAGAGCAGAGAGGAGACCUCAAGCCCACCUCUAACAACUUCAGUUAUCGAAACGGGAAAGACGGCAGCUGAAACAACGAUUUCUCACUCUACUCCAGGUACAUCCACCAAGAGCGGAGAGGGGACCUCAGCUGAGGAAAGUGCGCCAUCACCAACAAGUAGCGGAACCCCUACAGAGAGCAGAGAGGAGACCUCAAGCCCACCUCCAACAACUUCAGUUAUCGAAACGGGAAAGACGGCAGCUGAAACAACGAUUUCUCAGCCUACUCCAGGUACAUCAACCAAGGGCAGAGAGGGGACCUCAGCUGAGGAAACUGCCCCAUCAUCAACAAGUAGCGGAACCCCUACAGAGAGCAGAGAGGAGACCUCAAGCCCACCUCCAACAACUUCAGUUAUCGAAACAGGAAAGACGGCAGCUGAAACAAUUUCUCAGCCUACUCCAGGUACAUCCACCAAGAGCGGAGAGGGGACCUCAGCUGAAGAAAGUGCCCCAUCACCAACAAGUAGCGGAACCCCUACAGAGAGCAGAGAGGAGACCUCAAGCCCACCUCCAACAACUUCAGUUAUCGAAACGGGAAAGACGGCAGCUGAAACAACGAUUUCUCACUCUACUCCAGGUACAUCCACCAAGAGCGGAGAGGGGACCUCAGUUGACGAAAGUGCCCCAUCAUCAACAAGUAGCGGAACCCCUACAGAGAGCAGAGAGGAGACAUCAAGCCCACCUCCAACAACUUCAGUUAUCGAAACGGGAAAGACGGCAGCUGAAACAACGAUUUCUCACUCUACUCCAGGUACAUCCACCAAGAGCGGAGAGGGGACCUCAGUUGACGAAAGUGCCCCAUCAUCAACAAGUAGCGGAACCCCUACAGAGAGCAGAGAGGAGACCUCAAGCCCACCUCCAACAACUUCAGUUAUCGAAACGGGAAAGACGGCAGCUGAAACAACGAUUUCUCACUCUACUCCAGGUACAUCCACCAAGGGCAGAGAGGGGACCUCAGCUGAGGAAAGUGCCCCAUCAUCAACAAGUAGCGGAACCCCUACAGAGAGCAGAGAGGAGACCUCAAGCCCACCUCCAACAACUUCAGUUAUCGAAACAGGAAAGACGGCAGCUGAAACAACGAUUUCUCACUCUACUCCAGGUACAUCCACCAAGAGCGGAGAGGGGACCUCAGCUGAAGAAAGUGCCCCAUCACCAACAAGUAGCGGAACCCCUACAGAGAGCAGAGAGGAGACCUCAAGCCCACCUCCAACAACUUCAGUUAUCGAAACGGGAAAGACGGCAGCUGAAACAACGAUUUCUCACUCUACUCCAGGUACAUCCACCAAGAGCGGAGAGGGGACCUCAGCUGAGGAAAGUGCCCCAUCAUCAACAAGUAGCGGAACCCCUACAGAGAGCAGAGAGGAGACGUCAAGCCCACCUCCAACAACUUCAGUAAUCCAAACGGUAAAAACGGCAGCUGAAACAACGAUUUCUCAGCCUACUACAGGUACAUCCACCAAGAGCAGAGAGGGGACCUCAGCUGAGGAAAGUGCCCCAUCAUCAACAAGUAGCGGAACCCCUAUAGAGAGCAGAGAGGAGACAUCAAGCUCAACUCCAACAACUUCAGUUAUCAAAGCAGGAAAGACGGCAGCUGAAACAACCAUUUCUCAGUCUACUCCAGGUACAUCCACCAAGAGCGGAGAGGGGACCUCAGCUGAAGAAAGUGCCCCAUCAUCAACAAGUAGCGGAACCCCUACAGAGAGCAGAGAGGAGACCUCAAGCCCACCUCCAACAACUUCAGUUAUCGAAACGGGAAAGACGGCAGCUGAAACAACGAUUUCUCACUCUACUCCAGGUACAUCCACCAAGAGCGGAGAGGGGACCUCAGUUGACGAAAGUGCCCCAUCAUCAACAAGUAGCGGAACCCCUACAGAGAGCAGAGAGGAGACCUCAAGCCCACCUCCAACAACUUCAGUUAUCGAAACGGGAAAGACGGCAGCUGAAACAACGAUUUCUCACUCUACUCCAGGUACAUCCACCAAGAGCGGAGAGGGGACCUCAGCUGAUGAAAGUGCCCCAUCAUCAACAAGUAGCGGAACCCCUACAGAGAGCAGAGAGGAGACCUCAAGCCCACCUCCAACAACUUCAGUUAUCGAAACAGGAAAGACGGCAGCUGAAACAACGAUUUCUCACUCUACUCCAGGUACAUCCACCAAGGGCAGAGAGGGGACCUCAGCUGAGGAAACUGCCCCAUCAUCAACAAGUAGCGGAACCCCUACAGAGAGCAGAGAGGAGACCUCAAACCCACCUCCAACAACUUCAGUUAUCGAAACGGGAAAGACGGCAGCUGAAACAACGAUUUCUCACUCUACUCCAGGUACAUCCACCAAGGGCAAAGAGGGGACCUCAGUUGACGAAAGUGCCCCACCAUCAACAAGUAGCGGAACCCCUACAGAGAUCAGAGAGGAGACCUCAAGCCCACCUCCAAGAACUUCAGUUAUCGAAACAGGAAAGACGGCAGCUGAAACGAUUUCUCACUCUACUCCAGGUACAUCCACCAAGAGCGGAGAGGGGACCUCAGCUGAAGAAAGUGCCCCAUCACCAACAAGUAGCGGAACCCCUACAGAGAGCAGAGAGGAGACCUCAAGCCCACCUCCAACAACUUCAGUUAUCGAAACGGGAAAGACGGCAGCUGAAACAACGAUUUCUCACUCUACUCCAGGUACAUCCACCAAGAGCGGAGAGGGGACCUCAGUUGACGAAAGUGCCCCAUCAUCAACAAGUAGCGGAACCCCUACAGAGAGCAGAGAGGAGACCUCAAGCCCACCUCCAACAACUUCAGUUAUCGAAACAGGAAAGACGGCAGCUGAAACAACGAUUUCUCACUCUACUCCAGGUACAUCCACCAAGAGCGGAGAGGGGACCUCAGCUGAUGAAAGUGCCCCAUCAUCAACAAGUAGCGGAACCCCUACAGAGAGCAGAGAGGAGACCUCAAGCCCACCUCCAACAACUUCAGUUAUCGAAACAGGAAAGACGGCAGCUGAAACAACGAUUUCUCACUCUACUCCAGGUACAUCCACCAAGAGCGGAGAGGGGACCUCAGCUGAUGAAAGUGCCCCAUCACCAAUAAGUAGCGGAACCCCUACAGAGAGCAGAGAGGAGACCUCAAGCCCACCUCCAACAACUUCAGUUAUCGAAACGGGAAAGACGGCAGCUGAAACAACGAUUUCUCACUCUACUCCAGGUACAUCCACCAAGAGCGGAGAGGGGACCUCAGCUGAGGAAAGUGUCCCAUCAUCAACAAGUAGCGGAACCCCUACAGAGAGCAGAGAGGAGACCUCAAGCCCACCUCCAACAACUUCAGUUAUCGAAACGGGAAAGACGGCAGCUGAAACAACGAUUUCUCACUCUACUCCAGGUACAUCCACCAAGGGCAGAGAGGGGACCUCAGCUGAGGAAACUGCCCCAUCAUCAACAAGUAGCGGAACCCCUACAGAGAGCAGAGAGGAGACCUCAAGCCCACCUCCAACAACUUCAGUUAUCGAAACAGGAAAGACGGCGGCUGAAACAAGCAUUUCUCAGUCUACUCCAGGUACAUCCACCAAGAGCGGAGAGGGGACCUCAGCUGAAGAAAGUGCCCCAUCACCAACAAGUAGCGGAACCCCUACAGAGAGCAGAGAGGAGACCUCAAGCCCACCUCCAACAACUUCAGUUAUCGAAACAGGAAAGACGGCAGCUGAAACAACGAUUUCUCACUCUACUCCAGGUACAUCCACCAAGAGCGGAGAGGGGACCUCAGCUGAAGAAAGUGCCCCAUCAUCAACAAGUAGCGGAACCCCUACAGAGAGCAGAGAGGAGACCUCAAGCCCACCUCCAACCACUUCAGUUAUCGAAACGGUAAAAACGGCAGCUGAAACAACGAUUUCCCAGCCUACUCCAGGUACAUCAACCAAGGGCAGAGAGGGGACCUCAGCUGAGGAAACUGCCCCAUCAUCAACAAGUAGCGGAACCCCUAAAGAGAGCAGAGAGGAGACCUCAAACCCACCUCCAACAACUUCAGUUAUUGAAACGGGAAAGACGGCAGCUGAAACAACGAUUUCUCACUCUACUCCAGGUACAUCCCCCAAGAGCGGAGAGGGAACCUCAGCUGAUGAAAGUGCCCCAUCAUCAACAAGUAGCGGAACCCCUACAGAGAGCAGAGAGGAGACGUCAAGCCCACCUCCAACAACAUCAGUUAUCGAAACGGGAAAGACGGGAUCUGAAAAAACGAUUUCUCACUCUACUCCAGGUACAUCCACCAGGAGCGGAGAGGGGACCUCAGCUGAAGAAAGUGCCCCAUCAUCAACAAGUAGCGGAACCCCUACAGAGAGCAGAGAGGAGACGUCAAGCCCACCUCCAACAACUUCAGUUAUCGAAACGGGAAAGACGGCAGCUGAAACGAUUUCUCACUCUACUCCAGGUGCAUCCACCAAGGGCAGAGAAGGGACCUCAGCUGAGGAAAGUGCCCCAUCAUCAACAAGUAGCGGAACCUCUAAAGACAGCAGAGAGGAGACCUCAAGCCCACCUCCAACAACUUCAGUUAUCGAAACGGGAAAGACGGCAGCUGAAACAACGAUUUCUCACUCUACUCCAGGUACAUCCACCAAGAGCGGAGAGGGGACCUCAGUUGACGAAAGUGCCCCAUCAUCAACAAGUAGCGGAACCCCUACAGAGAGCAGAGAGGAGACGUCAAGCCCACCUCCAACAACUUCAGUUAUCGAAACGGGAAAGACGGCAGCUGAAACAACGAUUUCUCACUCUACUCCAGGUACAUCCCCCAAGAGCGGAGAGGGGACCUCAUCUGAGGAAAGUGCCCCAUCAUCAACAAGUAGCGGAACCCCUACAGAGAGCAGAGAGGAGACCUCAAACCCACCUCCAACAACUUCAGUUAUCGAAACAGGAAAGACGGCAGCUGAAACAAUGAUUUCUCACUCUACUCCAGGUACAUCCACCAAGAGCGGAGAGGGGACCUCAGCUGAAGAAAGUGCCCCAUCAUCAACAAGUAGCGGAACCCCUACAGAGAGCAGAGAGGAGACGUCAAGCCCACCUCCAACAACUUCAGUUAUCGAAACAGGAAAGACGGCAGCUGAAACAACGAUUUCUCACUCUACUCCAGGUACAUCCACCAAGAGCGGAGAGGGACCCACAGCUCAAGAAAGAGCACCAUAACCAAUAAGUAGCGGAACCCCUACAGAGAGCAGAGAGGAGACCUCAAGCCCACCUCCAACAACUUCAGUUAUCGAAACGGGAAAGACGGCAGCUGAAACAACGAUUUCUCACUCUACUCCAGGUACAUCCACCAAGAGCGGAGAGGGGACCUCAGCUGAAGAAAGUGCCCCAUCACCAACAAGUAGCGGAACCCCUACAGAGAGCAGAGAGGAGACCUCAAGCCCACCUCCAACAACUUCAGUUAUCGAAACGGGAAAGACGGCAGCUGAAACAACGAUUUCUCACUCUACUCCAGGUACAUCCACCAAGAGCGGAGAGGGGACCUCAGCUGAAGAAAGUGCCCCAUCAUCAACAAGUAGCGGAACCCCUACAGAGAGCAGAGAGGAGACCUCAAACCCACCUGCAAGAACUUCAGUUAUCGAAACGGGAAAGACGGCAGCUGAAACAACGAUUUCUCACUCUCCUCCAGGUACAUCCACCAAGAGCGGAGAGGGGACCUCAGCUGAUGAAAGUGCCCCAUCAUCAACAAGUAGCGGAACCCCUACAGAGAGCAGAGAGGAGACCUCAAGCCCACCUCCAACAACUUCAGUUAUCGAAACAGGAAAGACGGGAGCUGAAACAACAAUUUCUCACCCUACUCCAGGUACAUCCACCAAGAGCGGAGAGGGGACCUCAGCUGAAGAAAGUGCCCCAUCAUCAACAAAUAGUGGAACCCCUACAGAGAGCAGAGAGAAGACAUCAAGCCCACCUCCAACAACAUCAGUUAUCGAAACGGGAAAGACGGGAUCUGAAAAAACGAUUUCUCACUCUACUCCUGGUACAUCCACCAAGAGCGGAGAGGGGACCUCAGCUGAAGAAAGUGCCCCAUCAUCAACAAGUAGCGGAACCCCUACAGAGAGCAGAGAGGAGACCUCAAGCCCACCUCCAACAACUUCAGUUAUCGAAACAGGAAAGACGGCAGCUGAAACAACGAUUUCUCACUCUACUCCAGGUACAUCCACCAAGAGCGGAGAGGGGACCUCAGCUGAAGAAAGUGCCCCAUCAUCAACAAGUAGCGGAACCCCUACAGAGAGCAGAGAGGAGACCUCAAGCCCACCUCCAACAACUUCAGUUAUCGAAACAGGAAAGACGGCAGCUGAAACAACGAUUUCUCACUCUACUCCAGGUACAUCCACCAAGAGCGGAGAGGGGACCUCAGCUGAAGAAAGUGCCCCAUCAUCAACAAGUAGCGGAACCCCUACAGAGAGCAGAGAGGAGACGUCAAGCCCACCUCCAACAACUUCAGUUAUCGAAACGGGAAAGACGGCAGCUGAAACAACGAUUUCUCACUCUACUCCAGGUACAUCCACCAAGAGCGGAGAGGGGACCUCAGUUGACGAAAGUGCCCCAUCAUCAACAAGUAGCGGAACCCCUACAGAGAGCAGAGAGGAGACCUCAAACCCACCUCCAACAACUUCAGUUAUCGAAACAGGAAAGACGGCAGCUAAAACAACGAUUUCUCACUCUACUCCAGGUACAUCCACCAAGAGCGGAGAGGGGACCUCAGCUGAUGAAGGUGCCCCAUCACCAAUAAGUAGCGGAACCCCUACAGAGAGCAGAGAGGAGACGUCAAGCCCACCUCCAACAACUUCAGUUAUCGAAACGGGAAAGACGGCAGCUGAAACAACGAUUUCUCACUCUACUCCAGGUACAUCCACCAAGAGCGGAGAGGGGACCUCAGCUGAUGAAAGUGCCCCAUCACCAAUAAGUAGCGGAACCCCUACAGAGAGCAGAGAGGAGACGUCAAGCCCACCUCCAACAACUUCAGUUAUCGAAACGGGAAAGACGGCAGCUGAAACAACGAUUUCUCACUCUACUCCAGGUACAUCCACCAAGAGCGGAGAGGGGACCUCAGCUGAAGAAAGUGCCCCAUCAUCAACAAGUAGCGGAACCCCUACAGAGAGCAGAGAGGAGACCUCAAGCCCACCUCCAACAACUUCAGUUAUCGAAACGGGAAAGACGGCAGCUGAAACAACGAUUUCUCACUCUACUCCAGGUACAUCCCCCAAGAGCGGAGAGGGCACCUCAGCUGAAGAAAGUGCCCCAUCAUCAACAAGUAGCGGAACCCCUACAGAGAGCAGAGAGGAGACGUCAAGCCCACCUCCAACAAUUUCAGUUAUCGAAACGGGAAAGACGGCAGCUGAAACAACGAUUUCUCACUCUACUCCAGGUACAUCCACCAAGAGCGGAGAGGGGACCUCAGCUGAAGAAAGUGCCCCAUCAUCAACAAGUAGCGGAACCCCUACAGAGAGCAGAGAGGAGACCUCAAGCCCACCUCCAACAACUUCAGUUAUCGAAACGGGAAAGACGGCAGCUGAAACAACGAUUUCUCACUCUACUCCAGGUACAUCCACCAAGAGCGGAGAGGGGACCUCAGCUGAAGAAAGUGCCCCAUCAUCAACAAGUAGCGGAACCCCUACAGAGAGCAGAGAGGAGACCUCAAGCCCACCUCCAACAACUUCAGUUAUCGAAACAGGAAAGACGGCAGCUGAAACAACAAUUUCUCACCCUACUCCAGGUACAUCCACCAAGAGCGGAGAGGGGACCUCAGUUGACGAAAGUGCCCCAUCAUCAACAAGUAGCGGAACCCCUACAGAGAGCAGAGAGGAGACGUCAAGCCCACCUCCAACAACUUCAGUUAUCGAAACGGGAAAGACGGCAGCUGAAACAACGAUUUCUCACUCUACUCCAGGUACAUCCACCAAGAGCGGAGAGGGGACCUCAGCUGAAGAAAGUGCCCCAUCAUCAACAAGUAGCGGAACCCCUACAGAGAGCAGAGAGGAGACCUCAAGCCCACCUCCAACAACUUCAGUUAUCGAAACGGGAAAGACGGCAGCUGAAACAACGAUUUCUCACUCUACUCCAGGUACAUCCACCAAGAGCGGAGAGGGGACCUCAGCUGAAGAAAGUGCCCCAUCAUCAACAAGUAGCGGAACCCCUACAGAGAGCAGAGAGGAGACCUCAAGCCCACCUCCAACAACUUCAGUUAUCGAAACGGGAAAGACGGCAGCUGAAACAACGAUUUCUCACUCUACUCCAGGUACAUCCACCAAGAGCGGAGAGGGGACCUCAGCUGAGGAAACUGCCCCAUCAUCAACAAGUAGCGGAACCCCUACAGAGAUCAGAGAGGAGACCUCAAGCCCACCUCCAAGAACUUCAGUUAUCGAAACAGGAAAGACGGCGGCUGAAACAAGCAUUUCUCAAUCUACUCCAGGUACAUCCACCAAGAGCGGAGAGGGGACCUCAGCUGAAGAAAGUGCCCCAUCACCAACAAGUAGCGGAAUCCCUACAGAGAGCAGAGAGGAGACCUCAAGCCCACCUCCAACCACUUCAGUUAUCGAAACGGUAAAAACGGCAGCUGAAACAACGAUUUCCCAGCCUACUCCAGGUACAUCAACCAAGGGCAGAGAGGGGACCUCAGCUGAGGAAACUGCCCCAUCAUCAACAAGUAGCGGAACCCCUAAAGAGAGCAGAGAGGAGACCUCAAGCCCACCUCCAACAACUUCAGUUAUCGAAACGGGAAAGACGGCAGCUGAAACAACGAUUUCUCACUCUACUCCAGGUACAUCCCCCAAGAGCGGAGAGGGGACCUCAGCUGAUGAAAGUGCCCCAUCACCAAUAAGUAGCGGAACCCCUACAGAGAGCAGAGAGGAGACGUCAAGCCCACCUCCAACAACAUCAGUUAUCCAAACGGGAAAGACGGCAUCUGAAAAAACAAUUUCUCACUCUACUCCAGGUACAUCCACCAAGAGCGGAGAGGGGACCUCAGCUGAAGAAAGUGCCCCAUCACCAACAAGUAGCGGAACCCCUACAGAGAGCAGAGAGGAGACCUCAAGCCCACCUCCAACAACUUCAGUUAUCGAAACGGGAAAGACGGCAGCUGAAACAACGAUUUCUCACUCUACUCCAGGUACAUCCACCAAGAGCGGAGAGGGGACCUCAGCUGAAGAAAGUGCCCCAUCAUCAACAAGUAGCGGAACCCCUACAGAGAGCAGAGAGGAGACGUCAAGCCCACCUCCAACAACUUCAGUUAUCGAAACGGUAAAAACGGCAGCUGAAACAACGAUUUCUCAGCCUACUACAGGUACAUCCACCAAGAGCGGAGAGGGGACCUCAGCUGAGGAAAGUGCCCCAUCAUCAACAAGUAGCGGAACCCCUAAAGACAGCAGAGAGGAGACCUCAAGCCCACCUCCAACAACUUCAGUUAUCGAAAAAGGAAAGACGGCAGCUGAAACAACAAUUUCUCACCCUACUCCAGGUACAUCCACCAAGAGCGGAGAGGGGACCUCAGCUGAGGAAAGUGCCCCAUCAUCAACAAGUAGCGGAACCCCUACAGAGAGCAGAGAGGAGACCUCAAGCCCACCUCCAACAACUUCAGUUAUCGAAACAGGAAAGACGGCAGCUGAAACAACGAUUUCUCACUCUACUCCAGGUACAUCCACCAAGAGCGGAGAGGGGACCUCAGCUGAAGAAAGUGCCCCAUCAUCAACAAGUAGCGGAACCCCUACAGAGAGCAGAGAGGAGACGUCAAGCCCACCUCCAACAACUUCAGUUAUCGAAACGGGAAAGACGGCAGCUGAAACAACGAUUUCUCACUCUACUCCAGGUACAUCCACCAAGAGCGGAGAGGGGACCUCAGCUGAAGAAAGUGCCCCAUCAUCAACAAGUAGCGGAACCCCUACAGAGAGCAGAGAGGAGACGUCAAGCCCACCUCCAACAACUUCAGUUAUCGAAACGGGAAAGACGGCAGCUGAAACAACGAUUUCUCACUCUACUCCAGGUACAUCCACCAAGAGCGGAGAGGGGACCUCAGCUGAAGAAAGUGCCCCAUCAUCAACAAGUAGCGGAACCCCUACAGAGAGCAGAGAGGAGACCUCAAGCCCACCUCCAACAACUUCAGUUAUCGAAACAGGAAAGACGGCAGCUGAAACAACAAUUUCUCACUCUACUCCAGGUACAUCCACCAAGAGCGGAGAGGGGACCUCAGCUGAAGAAAGUGCCCCAUCAUCAACAAGUAGCGGAACCCCUACAGAGAGCAGAGAGGAGACGUCAAGCCCACCUCCAACAACUUCAGUUAUCGAAACGGGAAAGACGGCAGCUGAAACAACGAUUUCUCACUCUACUCCAGGUACAUCCACCAAGAGCGGAGAGGGGACCUCAGCUGAGGAAAGUGCCCCAUCAUCAACAAGUAGCGGAACCCCUACAGAGAGCAGAGAGGAGACCUCAAGCCCACCUCCAACAACUUCAGUUAUUGAAACGGGAAAGACUUCAGCUGAGAAAACGAUUUCUCACUCUACUCCAGGUACAUCCACCAAGAGCGGAGAGGGGACCUCAGCUGAAGAAAGUGCCCCAUCAUCAACAAGUAGCGGAACCCCUACAGAGAGCAGAGAGGAGACGUCAAGCCCACCUCCAACAACUUCAGUUAUCGAAACGGGAAAGACGGCAGCUGAAACAACGAUUUCUCACUCUACUCCAGGUACAUCCACCAAGAGCGGAGAGGGGACCUCAGCUGAAGAAAGUGCCCCAUCAUCAACAAGUAGCGGAACCCCUACAGAGAGCAGAGAGGAGACGUCAAGCCCACCUCCAACAACUUCAGUUAUCGAAACGGGAAAGACGGCAGCUGAAACAACGAUUUCUCACUCUACUCCAGGUACAUCCACCAAGAGCGGAGAGGGGACCUCAGCUGAAGAAAGUGCCCCAUCAUCAACAAGUAGCGGAACCCCUACAGAGAGCAGAGAGGAGACCUCAAGCCCACCUCCAACAACUUCAGUUAUCGAAACGGGAAAGACGGCAGCUGAAACAACGAUUUCUCACUCUACUCCAGGUACAUCCACCAAGAGCGGAGAGGGGACCUCAGCUGAAGAAAGUGCCCCAUCAUCAACAAGUAGCGGAACCCCUACAGAGAGCAGAGAGGAGACCUCAAGCCCACCUCCAACAACUUCAGUUAUCGAAACGGGAAAGACGGCAGCUGAAACAACGAUUUCUCACUCUACUCCAGGUACAUCCACCAAGAGCGGAGAGGGGACCUCAGCUGAAGAAAGUGCCCCAUCAUCAACAAGUAGCGGAACCCCUACAGAGAGCAGAGAGGAGACCUCAAGCCCACCUCCAACAACUUCAGUUAUCGAAACAGGAAAGACGGCAGCUGAAACAACGAUUUCUCACUCUACUCCAGGUACAUCCACCAAGAGCGGAGAGGGGACCUCAGCUGAAGAAAGUGCCCCAUCAUCAACAAGUAGCGGAACCCCUACAGAGAGCAGAGAGGAGACCUCAAGCCCACCUCCAACAACUUCAGUUAUCAAAACGGGAAAGACGGCAGCUGAACCAACGAUUUCUCAGCUCUACUCCAGGUACAUCCACCAAGCGCAGAGAGGGGACCUCAGCUGAGGAAAGUGCCCACUCACAAACAAGUAGCGGAACCCCUACAGAGAGCAGAGAGGAGACCUCAAGCCCACCUCCAACAACUUCAGUUAUCGAAACGGGAAAGACGGCAGCUGAAACAACGAUUUCUCACUCUACUCCAGGUACAUCCACCAAGAGCGGAGAGGGGACCUCAGCUGAUGAAAGUGCCCCAUCAUCAACAAGUAGCGGAACCCCUACAGAGAGCAGAGAGGAGACGUCAAGCCCACCUCCAACAACUUCAGUUAUCGAAACGGGAAAGACGGCAGCUGAAACAACGAUUUCUCACUCUACUCCAGGUACAUCCACCAAGAGCGGAGAGGGGACCUCAGCUGAAGAAAGUGCCCCAUCACCAACAAGUAGCGGAACCCCUACAGAGAGCAGAGAGGAGACCUCAAGCCCACCUCCAACAACUUCAGUUAUCGAAACGGGAAAGACGGCAGCUGAAACAACGAUUUCUCACUCUACUCCAGGUACAUCCACCAAGAGCGGAGAGGGGACCUCAGCUGAAGAAAGUGCCCCAUCAUCAACAAGUAGCGGAACCCCUACAGAGAGCAGAGAGGAGACGUCAAGCCCACCUCCAACAACUUCAGUUAUCGAAACGGGAAAGACGGCAGCUGAAACAACGAUUUCUCAGCCUACUACAGGUACAUCCACCAAGAGCGGAGAGGGGACCUCAGCUGAGGAAAGUGCCCCAUCAUCAACAAGUAGCGGAACCCCUACAGAGAGCAGAGAGGAGACCUCAAACCCACCUCCAACAACUUCAGUUAUCGAAACAGGAAAGACGGUAGCUGAAACAAUGAUUUCUCACUCUACUCCAGUUACAUCCCCCAAGAGCGGAGAGGGCACCUCAGCUGAAGAAAGUGCCCCAUCAUCAACAAGUAGCGGAACCCCUACAGAGAGCAGAGAGGAGACGUCAAGCCCACCUCCAACAACUUCAGUUAUCGAAACGGGAAAGACGGCAGCUGAAACAACGAUUUCUCACUCUACUCCAGGUACAUCCACCAAGAGCGGAGAGGGGACCUCAGCUGAAGAAAGUGCCCCAUCAUCAACAAGUAGCGGAACCCCUACAGAGAGCAGAGAGGAGACGUCAAGCCCACCUCCAACAACUUCAGUUAUCGAAACGGGAAAGACGGCAGCUGAAACAACGAUUUCUCACUCUACUCCAGGUACAUCCACCAAGAGCGGAGAGGGGACCUCAGCUGAUGAAAGUGCCCCAUCAUCAACAAGUAGCGGAACCCCUACAGAGAGCAGAGAGGAGACCUCAAGCCCACCUCCAACAAUUUCAGUUAUUGAAACGGGAAAGACGGCAGAUGAAAAAACGAUUUCCCAGCCUAUUCCAGGUACAUCCACCAAGAGCGGAGAGGGGACCUCAGCUGAAGAAAGUGCCCCAUCAUCAACAAGUAGUGGAACCCCUACAGAGAGUAGAGAGGAGACAUCAAGCCCACCUCCAACAACUUCAGUUAUCGAAACGGGAAAGACGGCAGCUGAAACAACGAUUUCUCACUCUACUCCAGGUACAUCCACCAAGAGCGGAGAGGGGACCUCAGCUGAAGAAAGUGCCCCAUCAUCAACAAGUAGCGGAACCCCUACAGAGAGCAGAGAGGAGACCUCAAGCCCACCUCCAACAACUUCAGUUAUCGAAACGGGAAAGACGGCAGCUGAAACAACGAUUUCUCACUCUACUCCAGGUACAUCCACCAAGAGCGGAGAGGGGACCUCAGCUGAGGAAAGUGCCCCAUCAUCAACAAGUAGCGGAACCCCUACAGAGAGCAGAGAGGAGACCUCAAGCCCACCUCCAACAACAUCAGUUAUCGAAACAGGAAAGACGGCAGCUGAGAAAACGAUUUCUCACUCUACUCCAGGUACAUCCACCAAGAACGUAGAGGGGACCUCAGCUGAAGAAAGUGCCCCAUCAUCAACAAGUAGCGGAACCCCUACAGAGAGCAGAGAGGAGACCUCAAGCCCACCUCCAACAACUUCAGUUAUCGAAACGGGAAAGACGGCAGCUGAAACAACGAUUUCUCACUCUACUCCAGGUACAUCCACCAAGAGCGGAGAGGGGACCUCAGCUGAGGAAACUGCCCCAUCAUCAACAAGUAGCGGAACCCCUACAGAGAGCAGAGAGGAGACCUCAAGCCCACCUCCAACAACUUCAGUUAUCGAAACGGGAAAGACGGCAGCUGAAACAACGAUUUCUCACUCUACUCCAGGUACAUCCACCAAGAGCGGAGAGGGGACCUCAGCUGAAGAAAGUGCCCCAUCAUCAACAAGUAGCGGAACCCCUACAGAGAGCAGAGACGAGACGCUCAAGCCCACCUCCAACAACUUCAGUUAUCGAAACGGGAAAGACGGCAGCUGAAACAACGAUUUCUCACUCUACUCCAGGUACAUCCACCAAGAGCGGAGAGGGGACCUCAGCUGAGGAAAGUGCCCCAUCAUCAACAAGUAGCGGAACCCCUACAGAGAGCAGAGAGGAGACCUCAAGCCCACCUCCAACAACAUCAGUUAUCGAAACGGGAAAGACGGGAUCUGAAAAAACGAUUUCUCACUCUACUCCUGGUACAUCCACCAAGAGCGGAGAGGGGACCUCAGCUGAAGAAAGUGCCCCAUCACCAAUAAGUAGAGGAACCCCUAAAGAGAGCAGAGAGGAGACCUCAAGCCCACCUCCAACAACAUCAGUUAUCGAAACAGGAAAGACGGCAGCUGAGAAAACGAUUUCUCACUCUACUCCAGGUACAUCCACCAAGAGCAGAGAGGGGACCUCAGCUGAAGAAAGUGCCCCAUCAUCAACAAGUAGCGGAACCCCUACAGAGAGCAGAGAGGAGACGUCAGGGCCACCUCCAACAACUUCAGUUAUCGAAACGGGAAAGACGGCAACUGAAAAAACUAUUUCUUACUCUACUCCAGGAACAUCCACCAAGAGCGGAGAGGGGACCUCAGCUGAAGAAAGUGCCCCAUCAUCAACAAGUAGCGGAACCCCUACAGAGAGCAGAGAGGAGACGUCAGGGCCACCUCCAACAACUUCAGUUAUCGAAACGGGAAAGACGGCAGCUGAAACAAUGAUUUCUCACCCUACUCCAGGUACAUCCACCAAGAUCGGAGAGGGGACCUCAGCUGAAGAAAGUGCCCCAUCAUCAACAAGUAGCGGAACCCCUACAGAGAGCAGAGAGGAGACGUCAAGCCCAACUCCAACAACUUCAGUUAUCAAAACGGGAAAGAUGGCAGCUGAAACAACGAUUUCUCACUCUACUCCAGGUACAUCCCCCAAGAGCGGAGAGGGGACCUCAGCUGAAGAAAGUGCCCCAUCAUCAACAAGUAGCGGAACCCCUACAGAGAGCAGAGAGGAGACGUCAGGGCCACCUCCAACAACUUCAGUUAUCGAAACGGGAAAAACGGCAGCUGGAACAACGAUUUCUCACCCUACUCCAGGUACAUCCCCCAAGAGCGGAGAGGGGACCUCAGCUGAAGAAAGUGCCCCAUCACCAAUAAGUAGCGGAACCCCUACAGAGAGCAGAGAGGAGACGUCAAGCCCACCUCCAACAACUUCAGUUAUCGAAACGGGAAAAACGGCAGCUGAAACAACGAUUUCUCAGUCUAUUCCAGGUACAUCCCCCAAGAGCGGAGAGGGGACCUCAGCUGAAGAAAGUGCCCCAUCACCAACAAGUACAGAUAGAAUCACUACUGUCCCACUGGAGAAAACAGAUUUGGCAGAAAAGUCAACCACUACCCUUCUGACUCCAUCUUCCAAUGUGAAGGUUUUGUCCUCAUCACCAGAAGAGGCCGUUGCUUCUCCUUUGACUACAACCACUAACAUUGGGAAGACAGGGAUAGCAUUAGUUGGAGGGACGUCCUCACCUACACCGUCUCUCAGAAGCCUGCCUCCAAGUACUGAGGUAGUAUCAGCAACAACAGGAGCAAAGACAUCCAGUUAUCUUCAUUCUACUCGCGUUAUUACAGAGAUACCAUCACAUGGUGAGAUAUCCCAUUUCCCACUUUCUACAACUCUUCCCAUUGAGAGCACAGAGGUAACGUCUUCUCAAGAGACAGACACGUCUCCCCUUUCCAUGAGUUCUUUCACGGGGAGUAAAUGGGUCUCACCAACAGAAGUAGAGACGCCCCCUUCCCUCCGGUUGACAGCAUCUCCUUCUGAUAGGACAGUGUCCACCUUAGCUGGAGAGCCAACCUCUUCUGUCCUGAGCACUAUCCCUCUACAUGAGGGGGCAGAGUUAACAUCAGCUGGGAUGGAUAUCACUCACCCUCUGUUUGUAACAUCUCCCCCACCAAUGACCAUGUUAACAUCAGCUGAAGGCCCAACUACCUCUCUAAUGACUGAAGUGACACCAUCUGAGGGGAAGCAGCUAACUUCAGAGACAGCCUCAACCAUUUCUCCCAUGACUUCAGCGUUUCCCCCUGACACACCAACAGAAGUGAAGACAUCGAUUCCUCAGCAUUCCACUGGGCCUUCAGCAGACACUGACAAAGCACAGUCGCAGGAAGAGGCAUCUUCUAACCCUUCCACUGAUAGUACAGAGGUGCCAACUUCUCUCCUUUCUAAAAAAUCCACCGUUGAGAGUACAGCACUCACGUCAACCACAGCCAAUACAUCCUCUUCUCUCUUCGCUGCAUUAUCUCCCACAGAGAGUUCUAAGUUAGCAUCAACUGAAAUGACACACACUUCCCUCUUCAGUACGGUGUCCAGAUCAGCUGAAGGGACCACCACUGCUCACCAGACUACAUUUCCCGUGGAGAGGAGAGUGGCAACGUCAAGUGGAGCUGAGUCAUCUUCUUCUGUCUUUGCUCCCUCUCAGCGUAUGGAGGAAAUACCCACCGAAGAGACGUCUUCUCGCCUGGCAUCAACAGCCAAGAGUACAAGUGCUGCUACAUUCACUGGGCUGGAGGCAUCUCCAAUUAUCCAGACUGUGAGGACUACCACCAAGACACCCACAUCUCCCACAACUACAGCAAUGGUCUCUGCAAAGAUGACUCCUUUGCUGUCUACUACACCAUUAGCCACAGAGGUCACCUCAGCCAAAAAGGUCCCAAGCUCUGUCCCAGAGAGAACGAAGGGGAUCUCAUUUGA